ACUCUUAAGGAGAGCUUCCGAGGGUCGUAGAGGGAAGCCAACAUGGAGGUGCAGAAAGAAGCGCAGCGUAUUAUGACGAUGUCGGUGUGGAAGAUGUAUCACUCGCGCAUGCAACGCGGCGGCCUCCGACUCCAUCGCAGCCUCCAGCUCUCCCUCGUGAUGAGGAACGCCCGCGACCUCUACCUCUCCGCCAAGCUAGAGGAAGAGGACGAGAUGGGCGGAGGAAGUGUGGAAAAUUUCCCUGGGCCGCAGCCGCACCUGGACCUACAAGGAACGGCGCCCAGCCCGCAGCAUCUGGAGGGUCCUCCGGCAAUCCUGUUCCCCCCAGCCCAACAGGAGGCGCCUCCACCCACGCCACAGCCCUGCGGCAGCCUGGAUCCGGAACCUAUGGAAACCCAGGAGGAGCCCGGCAGCAGCAGCUUGCCCGCGCAUUCCUUGACCCAGACGGCUUGGAGCCGGGGCGCCUCGGGGCCUCCGCCCGUCAGCAGGAAGCCGAGCCGCAAGCGCCGCAGCAGCAGCCUAGGCAAGAUCGGCGCCGCCGAAGCCGGCCUGGUGCCUAGCAAGAAGGCGAAAUUGGCGGAGGAGGAGGAAGGCGAGCGGCAGCCCCAGCGGCAAGAAGGGCCCUUUCCGAGCUUGGCCCGAAUCCUGCAGGACCGGUUCUCUAGCUUGAUCCUCCAGCCUCCGCCGGCCAAAGGCGCCGAGGAGCCCAAAGCGAACUGCAGGCAAGGCGACGGCGUGCUGAGCAUAAUGGUGAGGGCCGUGGUAGCCUUCUAA